AUGAUAUAAUUAAGAACAGAGUGUGUAGUAGUUACCGGCCAAUUACGCGUUCUGUUCUGUUCGGUAGAGAGAGAGAGAGAGAGGAAAGGGAAAGUGAAACGACAUGAUGGUGGGACAGUUGACGGCGACGAAGCCGAGCCGGAGCGAUGAGGUUUUGGAUGCUGAGGAGCAACUGAGAAUCGCUAAUGAGAUCAGAGCCCAAUUCGAUGCCUUGGAACCCAAGCGACCCAUCAAGCCCAACAGAAGCGAACCCGACGCCGUUUUGCAAUACCCCGUCGCAGCCGCUUCUGUGAACAAUAUACCUGAGCUUCACAAGUUUCAAUCCCUUCAAUCUCCCUCUCAUGCUAUAAUUUCAUCGGCGGGGUUUGUGGAUGCACAGGAUGAGUUUGUGGAGACGCAGUACUAUAAAGAAUUGGCAUCCAUUGACAAACAGCAUCACACGACAGGGAGUGGGUUCAUAAAGGCGGCGAGAGAAGGAGGGGAAGGUGAAUAUGAGAUUCAGUUGCCCAAUAAUCAUGUUAAUGCUGCUGAAACCCAACCCAGGUCCUAUAAAAGCAACCCUGCCACUAACGAUUGGGUUCCUAACUCUGAUGAACAUCAGUUUUAACAGGUUUUUGUCUCCUCCAAGCCAAAUAGGAGCGAGAGUACUUGAAGAUAUGCUAGGUGAAAAAUUGGAAAUGGGUUAUCUUGUACCAGCUUUUUCUUAUUACUGUUUAUGUCUAUUUGGUGUUUACAAAUUACGGGAGGUGGGGUGGGGUGGUACAACUGUUGUUGUAUAAUACUAUAGUCUAGAAGAGAAAGUAGUUUCAGAAUGCUACAAUUUCCCGUGAUAUGAUUUCCUUCUCAACACCUAACCUAAAUCACCUUUCUUCUACAUUGUUCUA